AUGGUCUUCUCCAAGGUCUCGCUCCUCACUACCGCCGUGCUCGCUCUGGGCUCGGCCGUCUCGGCCCAGAGCAGUAACUCCACCGCCUCGUACGAGCAGGUGGCUCGCAUCCAGCUCACCUUCCCUGCGGCCGAUCUCACCCCUGAACCCGUCCAGGCCUCGUGGCUCGACAUCCAGGGUGUCCUCAACGUCACCUUUGGCGACGUUGCCGUUUCGCGCCUCGGCGACAAGCUCACCGUUGCCCAAGUUCAGAGUGCGCCUGCCUUCCGCAUUAGCGCUCAGACUGCUGCGGCGGCCAACGCAUCGCUCUUUGGCAACGACAAGCGCUUCACCGUCGCCUUCCUCGACGCCGGCGUUGCGGGCAAGAACACCUCUACUGAGGUUUUCUGCCACUACCUCGGCAACAACUUCACCUGGGACGCCUCCACUGGUCGUCUGCGCAACCAGACCGCCGCUCGCGUCGCCUACGGUGCGCCUCUGCCCGCAACCAACGACGGCCCGCACCGUUACAUGCAGCUUGUCUUCCAGCAGUUUGACAACUUUACCGCCCCCGCCAUCCCGGCUGCCAACGCGCCCAUCCAGACGCUCGAGCUCCAGGACUAUUACAACAACGCCGACGGUGGCUUGGGCAAGAUUGUUGCGGCCAACUACAUUCAGAUCGAGGUCGGCCAGGCGGAUGCUCCUAGCUCGACCGCUGCGGUCAACCAGGCAAGCGUUACGAGCCUCGCUGCUAGCUUGAGCAGCGCUGCCGCGACCGGAGCUCGUUCGUCCUCCGCUCCCGCCGCCAGCGGGUCGGGCGGCUCGUCGGGCUCCAACGCCGCCCCGUCCCUGAUGGGCGGCGCUUCGAUGGCCGGUAUUGUCGCCAUGGGCUCGGCUGCCCUCGUUGGCGCUAUCGUGCUCUAA